AAAAGGUGGCACCUCUCGUCAAACUCAAAUUUGACAGGUACCACGCCCCCUUUUGGGGAAGGCCCCGCCCAUGCCCCUCCCACUCAAUGUCCGGAAGUCCCGCCUCUCCUAAAACAGGAAAUGGAUGGCUGAGAGGCCCUCCCACGGCCUGAAACCGCACCCCACGGCCACCCCACCCCCACCCUAACCCAUUGUGUGGAACAUAGGAUGGAUAGACCUAUCCCCAAUGAAUGGUAUGUGGAAAUGAACAGCCAGGCGUGCAUGCGGCCGGUCUAAGAUGCCAUCACGUGGUGCAUAGUAACCAAUAGGGAAUGGAUUAGCCCCAUAAGGUGACCAUGUGGUAGUGUGGCCCAAUAGGCGGUGUUUUUAGGGUUUAAAUAAAAUGUAGUAGAGUUUUAGGGAGCCUGCUCUGACUAUUUUGCAGAACAACACAUGAAAUGGAUUCGCCCGCUGGCCCAUCAACCUCCGCAAGCCUUUCAGUACCAGAUGCGCCUAGAAAGAAACAAGCAACUAUGAAGAGAACAGCUGAAAGCGACUACAGGUACUGGUCUUAUCCAAUCACGGAGGGGACAACAGGAUUUUCCAUACCGGGAACGCCUGUGAGCAGCCCUAAAAAGCGGAGAGAAACCUCGAGUGCAAAGCCGCCGACAAGGCUCAACUUAUUACCGGGUCUUUAUGCUGUGGAAAAUAAAUUCACAGAUGUUGAGCCUGAUUUUUAUGGUCGGGGUACAGACUGGGUCGAAUUGAAAAAGCUUUACCCUGAAAUGCCGAGAAUGCGAUGUGUCGGCGCUGAUGUGGAUGAUGAUGAUGAAGGGUAUGGAAGUCUGACUAAUAACCUCGGCUACCAGGACGAAGAGAUAGUGCCUGAUACAGACCCCGAGGAUUUGAGAAAAUGGCAUUCCAAAAUGGAGGAAAAACGCUGUGCGGAGGCUGAGGCUGAAAAGUUGGAUGAAGGAAGGGACUGUAAAGCAGAGUAUAAGGAUACCGAGAGUAUGUGUGAAGAACCAUACCCAGACAGAAGCAUUCGGAGGUCACUCCUAUCUGAUCUGUUGAAGUAUGCGGCUGAGGAAAAGGAAAACAUGGCUGUUGAUGAAAACACUUCUGACGGUUUUGAGAGUUCUAAGGGAAGUAUCCACUUUUCGGGUGAUGUGCGGAAUCUACAGAUCGGGGACUCACAGACCAUGGAAGUUUCCAUCAUGUCCUGUCUUUAAAACAAAGCCUGCAGAAUAGAGAUGCUAUGUGUGUUUUCUCAAUAAAAUGAGUUUGAUCUGUACCUGUGUGUUCAUUUCAUGCAUUAAGAGCCAUGUCAGAAUACGCAGA